CGUCCACCUGAGUUUUCUCUUACUAAAGAAAUACGAUGGGCUUUUCACGAAAUUAGUCUCUAUGCUAAAAGGCAAAACGAAAUUGCGAAAUAAUUCUUUUUUUUCCAGCGGAGGGGACGAAAUGUAAAACCGAUAUUUCAGUGGGAGUAAGAGCGGGAAAAUGUCAACCAAUGGCAAAGUUGUCCUUUUUAAGCACCUUAAGGUUAGCUUUGAGUUGAAAAAACAGACCCAACGGGAACAGGAGAUGCAGCAUUACAGAUACAGAUGUUUGCUUCCAUUUCUACGGAAGAUCUCCUUGUGGACAUUGCCACAAAUGCUAGUUUGAAGAAAUUCAAAAGAGAUCAUGUUGUCAUCUGGCAAGGACAAGAAGGAAAUAAUUUUGGGGUCAUUAUCAAAGGAGCUGCGUCAGUGCAUGCCAGGGAGGACCACGGAGGAGCACCUCAACAGGACACUGUAUCAAUACCGCGUGGCCAAAGAGAACGUGUGGCAAUGGUCGGCCAUGAGCUUAGGCACAUUUCAGCGGGAGGUAGCUUCGGUGAAAGGGCCAUGUUAUGUGAACAUCCGCCAUACAACGUGACUGUUAUAGCUGACGAACUGAUGCAUGUGCUACUAAUAGACAGAACGCUUUACGCGAGAUCAUUUGGUGCUCACAAGCUGGAGUGGGAAAAAAAGGUUGAGUUCGUCAAGCAGUCUCCCCUUCUCCGACAUUUGACGCCAGCUAUCCAGAACCUGUUAAUGGAGAACUUAAAACCGCGCGAGAUACAGUUUGGUAAUCGCUUCAUAAAGCAAGGAGGCGUUUGCAAUAGCCUUUUCUUCGUUUGUAGUGGAUGGGGAAAAGUUAUAGCAGAUCUGCGCAUCAGCAGGACCCAGUAUGAAGCAAUGAAAGCAACUUCGAGAAGCAAGGAGAAAUCCUCAGGUCGGAAGACCAUUAGCUGUGACAGGGAAUACAUACACACUAAGAAACUGGAUCCUAGUCGCCCUCUUUCGGUCAUCAACAGACGAAAGUACAUGCAGGAGUUUGGAUACGUUGCCGUAGAGACGCUUUUGAGACAGAGAGAAGUACCUGUGACAACUACAGGUCCAAACGACGUCAUCGGUGACAUUGAGGUUAUAAUGAAUUUCCCAACGUACUGUGCGAGCGUGGAGUGUAUUGAAACCUUGCACGUUUACGAGCUGAGCAAGUUCGAUUUUUAUCAAAUUGUUAACCACAGGAGUACUGAAACAGACGAUCUCUUGCGAAAUGGUGCUCUCGCCAAGCUGUGUUUUCGAGCCCAGCGUCUAAAGAAUAUACCGUUGUACACCUUGCUAUACGAGCGAGCCUUAACUCCUCUCAAAGAACCAACAAGGAAAGCAUCUCUUUGGGCACAAAAGGCCAAUCAAAUUAGAACUAUAAAUAAAAUUGUCGGCAGCUUGAGCAAAAUUCAACGAACGCCUGCAGUGGACAAGACGAAUAACAGCAAGGAAGCCGAGAAGAGGUAUAAGAACGGUGGAGAUUCAUUGGUAAAAACAACCAAUGAAAUUACGACACUGAUCACGUAUUGAGAUUUCAUGAUGGGAAUAAACCUGUUAAAAAAUUUUUCCCAAAUGCGCUCAAUUUCGACUACAGGAAGUCGCCAUUUUUAAUUUUGCACAGGAUACUGUCUGAGCAGUUUCAAAUUGCGGAUUCCGAAAUCGAGUUUUGAGCUCAUUUGGAGACAAUCUUUGAACG